AUGAUGGAGCAAGAAUUGGAGUUUGAGAAAUGGCGUGCAGCUCUUGGAAGUGGUAGUGUCUAUUCGGAUGGAUUUUCAGAGUGGGCGACGUUGCCACGUUUACCUCUCCACCCAAGUUCGGGGGUGUUUGCGACACAAAUUGAAAUACUGCGGUCGGCCCUAGAUGAUUCGAGGACAACCAUGACAAAUCAUUCGUCAAGAAGCGCCGCGGCCUCGUUCGAAGGAGUGCCCACUAUUGAGUCGCUCAUGCCAUGCUUUAAACAUAUGGCACCUUCAUUUGGUUGGGCCGGCGGGCUCCUACAAUGGCGUUGUUCGACCACUGUUGGGUUUCUGGGAGGCAUCUUUACACGGGCAUCGAGGAAUAAGCCAGUUGGGGUAAACGCGAAGGCCUUCCGAAUUCCGGUCCCGAAGUGCCUGACUGUAAGGGUCAAAUCCCGUAAUGAACUCGACUUCCGUGGUAUACUUAGGGCAUCCCGAUUAUACGAUGAUCGGAAAGAUCGUGUCGGUAAUAGCAGUAGGGGAGGGACUCCUGAGAUUGGAGACUGCGGUGCUGAUCCGUUCCUAGACAAUGGGCCAUUACCGCAAGAUCGUCGACAAUGA